UGCAGAUUAUAGUUGCUGAUAUACCGCAACCGUUCAAACGAGAGCUAACAUUCGUUUUUCUCCGUUUACAGCAAAACGCAUUGUCUAAUUUUAUUAAAGAGAGUUAUAACCGUUUCUUUGCGUGUACGAACUAUUAAAGAAGAUUCAAGCCUUCUUGUGCUGCCAGUCUAAGCCGCACAUAUUCAGAAGUCACAUCAGUCGCUUGCAGCGAUAUUUCAAGAUUCGACAAUUAACUUCAUUUCCAAAAAGGAAUAAAUCAAACUAAAAUGGCGACAGUUGAUCAACAACAAAAACACCUCGAUCUCAAAUCGGCGCUGGCCACACUCACACUUUCAGAUGAAACUCUUCAUGUUGUCAAAGGAAGAGUUUCGGAAGCACUUUCAAAGGGUCUUACUAAAGAAUACAACAAUGAUUCUUCACUAAAAAUGCUUCCUACUUACGUUAGGGAUACACCCGACGGAACAGAGGGUGGUGACUUUCUUGCGCUUGAUCUUGGCGGAACAAACUUCCGGGUUUUACGUGUACAAAUAGAUAAAGAAGAUGAGGGCAAAGUUCACAUGGAUAACCAAGUAUAUAAAAUGCCUCAAGAUGUCAUGACCGGGUCCGGAGAAGAGUUGUUUGACUACAUUGCUGAAUCGAUAGGAAAUUUCUUGGAAGUCUAUGAUUUGAAGAAUGUCAAAUUGCCUCUUGGAUUCACUUUUUCAUUUCCAUGCGUACAAGAGGGAUUGGACCGGGGUUCACUUUUGCGUUGGACAAAGGGUUUCAGUGCUUCGGGAGUUGUCGGAAAUGAUGUUGUUCAACUUUUGCAAGAAGCAGUAGGAAGAAUGGAAGAAGAAUAUGAAUUAGAAGUUGUAGCCUUGGUAAACGAUACAGUUGGAACAAUGAUGUCUUGUGGACAUGAAGAUCAUGAUUGCGUUAUUGGAAUGAUUGUUGGAACGGGAACAAAUGCUUGUUACAUGGAAAAAACGGGAAACGUCGAAGCAUUAAGUGAAGAAGAUAGAGGAGAUGGAGAGGGACAAAUGUGUAUAAACACGGAAUGGGGAGCUUUUGGCGAAAGAGGGGAAUUAGAAGACAUUGUUACAGAAUAUGACAGAGCAGUUGAUCAGAGAUCUAUAAAUCCAGGAUGUAUGAUAUACGAGAAGAUGAUCAGCGGAAUGUACAUGGGAGAAGUCGUGAGAAAUAUAUUGGUCGAUCUCGUACAAUCAGGCUCAAUUCUUGGAGGACAUUUGACUGAAAAACUCAACACAUUUGGCGAUUUCGAAACGGCGUUUGUCACACAAAUCGAAUUAGACCACUCACCUAAAUUGAGAAUGGCUGCACAAGUUUUACGUCAUCUCGGGUACGAUUCUGAAGAUCUAAAUAUACAGAAACCACCAGGCCAUGAUUAUCCCGAAAACUGCACGCUCGCCGAUAGACAGGCCGUACGGGAAGUUUGCGAGGCGGUGAGCACCAGGGCGGCGCAUCUAUGCGCUUCUGGUGUGGCAGCGUUGCUUGAAAGGAUUAUGAAAAAUAGAGAAUCAAGCGGCGUAAUCGACGCAAGAAAUAUGACUGUCGGAGUUGACGGAACAGUUUAUAAGAAACACCCACAUUUUCGACGACUGUUGGAAAGCAAGGUCCGGGACUUGUUGCCUGUUGACACCAGAGUGACUUUCAGAAUGUCCCACGACGGAAGCGGCAAAGGAGCAGCUUUGGUAACCGCUGUGGCAUGUCGGAUGUCCGGUAUUGUUUCAAAACAAUUGGGUUCAGUUGAAACGCACUUGGGGCCAUCUUGAAAUUGCCAGCUACGUUAAAACAUAUUUGCGAUUUUUUCACAUACUAUACACAACUACAGGAUGAAUCUUCCGGAUCCCGUACUUGGUGGACAUUACUCUCUGCCAUAUUUCUUGAACAGAAUUCUGAACCAUCCACAGUAUUCGGACCAGAUUUAAUGCAGAAGUAUAACAUAACAAUAUAUUUUCUUACCUUGCGAAAUCAUACGUAAAUUCUUUGCGAUAUUUGCGCUCACGCGACGUUUUUCCUAUUGACUGAUUCUUUGUGUAACACCAGGAGAGAUGAGUCGCUGUCAAUUUUCGAACGGAUUUGUAUAUAAUGAAUUAAUACUUAUGAUUUGAUGUAAAAGUGCCAAAUGUGCCUGCGAUAUUAUGUGGGGUUGCAACUAAGUUUUAAAUAGGAAUCUUCAUGAGAGAUAAUAUUACCUUCCAUAGAGGUCAUUCUUUGAAAGCAACGCCGAUUUCACUUUUCACCGUCGCCUUUCUCUUAUCCUAAAAGGCAUAUCUAGUAUAUCUCGAGGACCGGCCAUGUGCUAUUUAGGUCUCAAAUACGAAAGUGGCCUUGGCGUGCUUUAUUUUUCUUAUAAUAUGAUAUAUCGUGUUAUUUGUGUUGCAAAUAGUUUUCAUUUCAACGUUAAGAAUUGACCGCCAAGGUGUGUUGUUUUUGUGUAAUGCGGUAUUAUGAUAUUUUUUGCGUUUUUUUUUUUUUGAACUUUAUAAAAUCUUUAUCUCCGAUUUAGUUUUGGAAUGCUAUAAACUUUGAAUCAUCUCUGAUAGCACGAGAUUUUCUGGAGAUAAAUCGCAAUGAUAUUAGAGCAUUGUUCGCUAACAAUCUCAACUUCGUUGCUGCGAAUAAACACUGCGUUUUUUUUUUCGAUUUUUAAUGAUUGUUAAAAUAUACCGAAUUAUAUCCCUUGUUUCAAAAUAUUGUUUAUGUAUAUAUAUAUUUCGUAAUGUUUUGAUUGGUUUAUUGAUUAAAAUUCAUAAAUAAUGGUUUGUCAUGAAUAUUGUAAAUUUAAUUUUACGUAGGGUACGCAGACUUUUGAGUUCAAUUCAAGAAAUUCUAUAUCUUACAUACUGUACUAUAGUGUCACAACCUUUUCCUCAUUUCAUAUCUAACAAUUGUUUCAAAUUGUUCUGUCAAACCUUAUCAUUAUAAAAGAUGCUGGAAAAUGUAUUUGACUUAACUUGAAGAACCCAAUUUCUGGCCCGUUAUUAGGUAUUAUAAUUAUGGAUAGGACAAAUCUUCUCUGGAUAUAUUUUCUAUCGGCGACCUACUGUAAUACCAAUUUUCAGAUCUAGUCUUCCUUCUGUAUGUACAGCCGCCCUCAAACUGUUUUCCAUUCAAUGUUUGUAUAUUUCAACUGGGUCAUUGUUGUAAUAUUCUCGGGUAAUUUGUGAUUAAAAUGUUUCGAAAUACACACUACUGGUUAUAAAAUGGUA